AUGGACUCUUCAGGUGACGUACAAUUACCAGAUAAGCACGCGAGCACAGCUACCCUUGUAGCGUUGUAUUCCCAAUCCUAUGCUGACGAAAUGAAUAAAGACAUGAAUAUUUCUGGUAAUCUCGAGUUCUAUAGAAAAAUUAUAGACUUUGAGAAUGACAACGGCAAGCAUGAAUUGAUACUCGGAAAUCUCGAUCGUUCACAGCAAAGGGCGGUUCAGUCAAUUGCUCAUAGUAGGAACUUGGACUAUGAAUAUCAACAAGGUUGUGCAAGAGUCUUGCGUAAUUGUACUACCGAUUGGAACAUUGAGGCUAUGAUCGAAAGCUCUCCUGCGGAGCUUACCCAUUACAAUGAAUCAACUGACUCUGGAAGACUUCUGAAUGAACCAUCCCAUUCCGAAAUCGAUUACUUUGGCUCCAAUUUGGAGAUAGAGCCAUGGCCUCAAUAUUCAGUGUACCCAUAUCCACUAGAAUUGCCAAGUGAACUGGCCCAGGACAAUGUCGCGGCGGAAGGCUUACCGCUACCACAACUCAAAACUGGCUCACAAUUAAAUAUGUCCGAAAAUGGCAUCUACGGUAACUCAUCAGCUCUCAAUGGAAACAAAAUUGAUUGCAAUAAACAUGUCGGUGAAGAAGUUACUCUGGCUGCAAAUCUCGGUACACCCAGGAUCUCUUCGGACAACGGUGGUUAUGGCCCUAUUCAACAACAUGUUCAACGCCAAGCAUACGUCUGCACAACUUGUCAAAAAUCCCAUUCUAGGGAGAUUGAUCUCAGACGCCACGAGAUAAUUCAUGCAGAAGGCAAACACAUGAAGUGCUCCAGUUGUGCAGAGUACUUUACUCGACGUGACCUCUUAUUACAGCAUCGGAGAGAGGCGCAUGCAAAGACAUUACUUAAAUCGGCAGAAUUUUCUAGGCCAUCACUAGAAGUUCCUAAACCACCAUCUCAUGACUCGUCCACUUGGUUCGACAAUUACAAUAUGGAAGCGUCAUUGACCGAAGAACCAUUUUUGACAAGUCCUUUAUACACCACCCCGAACUGUUCGAGCUCGCGGAACUCUCGUUCCAACUCUUUUAACUCGUCUGCGUCAUUAUCGCCAUUUCCACCGUCCGUAUUCAACUCUUUAAAUUCACCACUUGAUAGAUUUGAAAUGCAAGGAGUACAAAGAUUUGCGAGUGGAAGUAGGUCAGGAUCUGUUUCCAGUCUUCGGAGCGAGCAUGGACGUAACCGAAUUACACAAACCUCCAGGAAUUCAAGCAUAAGCAGACACAGUUUUCUGAAGAGCCAGACGAUGGAUGUUGCACAUGAUUCACCGUCAAGAUACGCCUCUUCUGGAGGAUCUCGUCGUAAAAGACCUCUAACUUCUUGGGCACGCAUCGGCAUGAAAGCUAUCAAAAUGAUCGGAGGAGCGUGUUGGAGAUGCCGAAUUCUGGGUAAAAAGUGUACAGAAGAGAAUCCUUGCGAUACUUGCCCAAAACGAAGCAAAGCUGGCAAAACAGCUUGGACGCAAAUUGGCUGUAAGCGAGGUACACUUUCAGAGGAGAUGGAGUCUAUCGAUCUCUGUCCGAAAUCAUAUUCCCAACCAAUGCCUUCUGGUAUCGAUAUUUUGUGUCUUCAAUGCCAGCGUCAUUGGUGUCAAAGCUCAAACUCGCACGAGAGCAGAUGUCCAAAAUGUCAAAUAAUUGAUGCAAAGGAAAUUGGACCUUUCACAUCGGAUCUCAAAAACGAUCACGUGGAAGACGCCGUAAGAAGACGAAAAAAGGAUAUAGUCAGUUUCACCGAAGGGGAAGAUACAAUUACCGAGCUGAGUUUGGCCAUUGAUGCUCUUAGGCAAAAUAUGUCUUUAGAGAAUUUUGGGCGACCUUCUCGCCCCCUAUCGUUGGCUCGCACUUACUUUCCGAAUCAAGCUUCAAUGCCGUCACUUAUUGCCCUUGAUCAAUGUACCAUGGCAAUAGUAUGGGAAAUUGUAGAAGAUUCUUCACACCUUCAAAGUCUACCAACAUUUCUCAACCCUCCAGAAAGGCCACUCGAUGAUCUAGUUAUAUUGUUGCGGUCUGCUUCGAUUUAUCAAGCAAAAUUAGAACCAGAUCCACAUCGAUUGAUCGCACAAUCACUCAUAUGCCUUCGUGAAGCACUUGAACUCAAGCGUGUCAAGGCAUUAGGCGCCUUGCACGAAUUCUCCCACCGAGAAUGUCGCACAUUUGAAGAAGUAGAUCUGACUGAUCUUGUCAUAGACAAUAUUCCCUUUGAAAAGUCAAGCGAGGAUAUGAUAGAAUUAAUGCUCGAUAUGGGUUUGCCAGUGCCAUGUGCAUUCAAUUAUCAAUUUGAUAAUGGCGUCUUCCGGGGCAGAGCGUUUGCUAACUUUGUCGAUAACAGGCAGGCGAGCCAAGCUAUUGAUGCUCUACAAAACUUUGAACUUGAUGGAAAAACUUUGCAAGUCGAAUUCAAAAAUCACAUACCGCGACUAGGAGAAAGAGGAACCUCCUCAAAUUUCUGUAAGGACAGGAAUGUGGAUAGCUUAAUGUCCGCAAUAAAGCGGUACAUUGAGCAACUAUCGAAGGUUUUCUUCAAAAAGGAGAAUUUACGUGGCAAGACAUGGUGGUUAUCAGUCUUUUACAGUCUAGUCAUUCAAAGUUUGGUUCGUGCGAUCAUGAAAGCUAUCAUUGGAGACGGUGGAGCCGAGAUUCCUUCAAGUAUAAACCAGUAUCUUCACCUAGCAGUACGAUUAUUUAUAGCAACUUCUGGAGCCCAUGAUCCACUGGCACGCAGCAUACCCGUACUGCAGGGUGGUCGACCAAAAGCGUUGGCAGGUUGUGAUUCGUGUAAAAGGCGCAAGUUAAAAUGUACAAGGUGGAAACCGUCCUGCGAAGCGUGUCAGGUUUUCCAAUGUCCAUGUAUAUAUAGUGGAAAAUCGGAGAUAGAUGAUUCCAAGAUCGAGGACUACAACGUUGCCAGCCUAUCAGUACAACAAGCAAAGUGGCAAUCUUACGGAUUGAAAGAUACGGGGGAAUACUUACAAUAUCUGUUCCAGGAUGAAGGACAACCGAUCACGCAUGAAGCUACUAUAAAUGACGAACCUCAAACAACUCAUUCGAAAAGAUAUUGGGGGGGCACUAAACCAACAAGCCAAUUGAAUCAGACGAUGUUCCAAUUCGAUUCUUUGGAAUAG